AUGUUGUCUGCUGUGGCUGUAUUGGAUGACAUGGUACUAGUAAUGGGAUCGUCUAGCAGCAAGCAGAGGUUAGUCAAGGUGCAGUGUUGGGCCGCUGUUUUGUCGGGGUUUGGUGGGUGGUUUUGUGUUUUGGAGUUGUCGCUGGUGCGCUGGCUUCAUCCACGUCUCCGCUUGUCCAGCUCGUGCCUUGUGCUCUUGGGCUAUGCGCUGGGGACGAAGCGGGCAUCCGAAUUCUCUUUACUUUUAAACAAGAAAGACAAGCAUUUAAUUAAUGAUGAGGCUAUGGUAACUUUCCUCCGAGAUCCGAGAUUCGAGGUACUUAGGUCCGAUGUGUGA